AUUGACCUUGACUACCACUGACUCUCACUGGACACUCUCGAAACAAGGGGUGGUAAUACAAUGUCAGCAGCACAGGCCUGGACCCCUUACAACAGCCUUACCAUACCUCCCACCAACCUUAAGGAGGCCAUUGACUGGGUCCUGAGGGUAACUGGUAGGGAUGGUAAAGAGAACAAGGCAGCGCCGGCGAAGCCGCCGCAAUUCAGCUGCCUCUGCUACUUGGCCAAGGCUGUGAAGGACCUACUGUAUGACGCCAAGGACCCGGGGUCCCCUGGUCCCAGCCCUAAGAGGAACUGGGAUGACAUGCUCCUAACAGAGGAAAGUACUAUUGUCAAGCCAGUGCUGGAGGACCUGGGACUCCUUAGUGAUGGGAGUAGCACUAGUGCUGCCAGUACUUGUGCUGGAGGUACCGAGGUCAUAAAGGCACUGAUAGACCAGUUGGCACAGGGACUGCAGAAGUGGGUUGGGUGGCAAGAAAAAGGAGAUGAGUGUUGUCUUAAAGGAACUGAUGGGAUAGGAAGGAAGUGUACAUGUAGUACUAGUGGUGUUGCCGGGUGUUGUACCGGUGCUCCUGGCACUCCUUGUCAUGACUGUACCACGUGUGGUCCUAGUGGUAAAAACAAGUGCUACCAAUCGGCUUACCAGAGACCAAAUGGUCAACCUAGUCCCCCGGGUCCCCCUACAGAAUGCUACUGGCCCACCAUCUCGGACAAGCCAGAUCAAGUCCACCUCCUGGCCCGUAUUUUCCUAGGGUCGGUAUGUCUCAUCUGGAGUGGACUCAGUCAGUUGGGGUUCCUAACAGGAAAGGACGGUGAGAGGUGGAGCCAGAAAGGAAAUCUACAUGAGGUGGACAAGGGUCUCGGCUCAUUCAUGGCGGCCAUGGGCUAUGACUUGGAGAGGUUGAAUGGGAGUCCUCCAGGUAAAAAUGGAGGAGAAUUUGUGCACGAAUUGUUGACAGGAAAGGAUAAAGACAAGGGAGUACCUUGGAAAGAAUUCACUACAGGUGCUUCUAAGGAUAGUGUAGCUGAGUACUACAGUAGUAUCUAUGACAAUGCCCAGAAGGCACUGAACAACAAGAAAACUGAAGAAAUCUGUACUAAGUACCCCCUAUUGGUACUCCACAUCCUGGCCAGUGGGUACUUCAGGGCAGGUAGUGCCGGGGCGAAGAAUAUCAUCGCGGCGAAGCCGUCACAGCCGGCCCCUACUACUCCCAAGACUACCCCUGACUCUACUAAGAAAGAAGACACUCCCUCUUCUAGGAAACCACGAACAAUCCGUGAAAUCCUCUACUGGCUUAGUGCAUUGCCCUAUAGUGAGAAGUACAGAGACCUGGUGGAGAGGAUGCAACAAAAGGCGGAACAGGUGACCCAGGGAAACGGAGAGAAGGAUAAGGAUAAGAUAGAGCUACACAGUGAAGGAGUCAAUAAAACAGAUCUCUAUAAGGACAAGAUUACCCACUACCUAAUGGCCGCCUGUGGCUACUGCCCACUGGUACUCAUCGGUAUCCAGGGGACCAUAGAAAAGGAAGUCAAAGCAGAUACACAGGCGCCGUCAGCAGGUCCGGCAGCAGCUGCUGGUGCUAAGGACAACAAGUGCAAAAAGAAGUACAACGAAAAGAAGCCUAGUGAUGAAUGCUCAAAGUGCCCCUCCGAGGGAAAGGUUUGUUACAGAGGUUACCACCUGGCAGUAAAGCAAUUCGGCCCCCUCCAUGGGAUGUACGCCAAUGGGCUCUUUGGCUUUGACAUGGAGGGCUCUCCCGCCCAGUGCCUGGACCAACUGAGGAUAUAUGUCUACCACUGCUUCUACCAGCUCUAUUUCCUGAGGAAGCAGUGUAGUACGGGCGUUGAAGUGGGAGGAGCAGGAGCGAAGACAGUGCUGGGCUGGAAGAGUUGUAGGUAUGGUAGUGGAGUGAAUCCUAGUGGUGGAGUCAGCAAUCAAAAUCCGUGGAGGUGUGAGGCACAAGGUGUGGGAGGUGCUGGGAAUGACAAGUGCAAGUGCAAAGAGAGCGCUAGUCAUAGAUCACCACUGAUGUACUUCUUGUGUGACGGAUUAGGAUUAAUGGCGUGCAAAAGCACUGUAGGCAAAGGUGUGGAUGAUUAUCCACCUAUUGAGACUCAUUGGACCACUAAAGAUGAUAAUCCUAAAGGUCACUUUGGCACGCCAGACCUCAAUUACCCCAAGUUGUGCCCUGUCCCAAUGGGAUGGAGCUCAGAAAGUGGUAGUGGCAGUACUCAACAAAGAGAGAACCACUUCAAAGAUUUAAGCAAGACGCACAAGCAGGAAUCACUGUCACCACCUGCAUCAGGCACUCAGAAGUAUCCUGCCCACUGCACUGGUAAUACACUAUCACAUCUCCUGGAGUACUACUGUGACCCUGACAAGUGCCCGAGUGGCACUUUGGUGGUACUACUGAGACUACUGGCAUGUAUCACUCCCACGGUGCCACGGACGCUGGGUGACCUCUUUGGGUUCUAUUACUAUAUAGUCUACAUUGGGGGAAACCAGGGUGGAAGUAGUGAAGUGACGAAGAAGUUAUCAGGUAUUGAAAAGGAUGUUCGAUUGAAGAUGAUCGGAAGUGGUGUUAGUGAUACAGUGGUCACCGCACUCAAUGGAUGGAAAGGUAGUAGUAGUACUAGUGGUAGUGCCUGUAGUCACAGCACUAAGGAUGGCUCACUAAAGACCCUAUUUGGAUGUAGUAAUGGCACUAAUAACUGCUGUCAAUACCUUUCUCCCUUAAGUGGCCAGCAGUAUGGCCAGUUGAGUCCCUUGAUGGCCGGGACCUACCUGUCAUGGUUGGUCUAUUUGAUAGAGGAGUUCAAGACAGGACUAGAGGGGUUGGAAAGUGCGUUUAAGAAUAUACAGUGCAAGGAAGAUUGCACUAAGGGUGCGGCAGCUGGUGGUGGAUGUGGCGGUGGACAGUGCCAAGCAGGAACCCAUGGAAAUAGAGACACAUGCUGCUGUGCCUCUGUCGUAUCAUGUACCGGGGUAUUACCGGUAUUGUACAAGUAUGGAUUUGGGUAUGGUAAUGUAACGGAGUUGCACAACGGUAAAGGUUCGAAGAAGUGCGAUGCAUUCCUGAGUACCCUCAAGGGAGUCCUAGAAGGUAAACACCUCAAGAAUGGCUCCAACAUAGGGCUCCACCACGAAAUAAACCAGCUCAUCUACACCACCAGGCUCCCCUGGAUCUUUGUCCUCACGGUAGCGUGGCUAGUGGCAGUGCUCUAUCUAGCCGUUGGUGCCAUAUGGCCACUGGACUGGACGCAUAUGAGGUCACAUUGUAGAGGAUGGUUCAGGAAGGGUAGUCUGAGUCCAUGGGAGGUACUGAUGGUGGGAAAGAAGAAGGGGAGGGGGAUACUAGAGUUUUUUGGUAAGACAUAGUGGCAAAGUAGUGGCGCCUUCGGCGCGAUAACUAGGGAUAAUGUGGAUAUGUUCAUCAUUGGGACAGUAGCUGUGUUCGCGGGUCCAUU